AUGGAAAGAUAUUACACAAGAAAGGUCCUUAGUAGUCCAAAUGUUCAAACUGAAGGUGUUGAAGCUAGUGGAAGUAGACAAGCUCAAACCUUUCCUCCCUCACAGGUAGUGGGAGCUACUCAAAGACAAGAACCAAAUCUUUCAAGUUCAGUGAAUCACUCUCCAGAGAAAAGUGAGUCUUCUUCAGCAAAGUCGGAUAGGGAGUUUGAUGUAAACUCUUUGCCACUAGACCCGGGAUUAAGAGCUAAAGUAUCUAGUUUUCAUCCCAAUAUCCGUGAUGAGGUUAGAAGAUAUUAUCUUCAAAAGGGUCCUAUUCAACCAAAGGGUCAUGAUUUUCCCUACAGAAAUUUCAGUGGAAAGAAGCGUAGAUUCCGAGAGUCUUGGUUUAAAAAGCAUAAUUGGCUUGAGUACAGUGUUUCAAAAGAUGCUGCUUAUUGUCUAUACUGCUAUGUGUUCAGCAAGAGAGGUGGAAGUGAUGAUGGCUUUAUUGGUGAAGGUUUUAAAACAUGGAAUAAAUUGAAAGCUUUUGCUGAUCAUGUUGGUGCACAUAACAGUUACCACAAUAGAGCUAAAAACAGUUCUGAUCUUUUAUUGAAGCAAGCAACAUGCAUUGAAGUUGCAUUAUGCAGACAAACAGAUCAAGCCAAAAGAGACUAUCGAAUUCGUUUGGUUGCUUCACUUAAUUGCAUAAGGUGGCUAGUAGUUAGUGGAUUGUCAUUUCGAGGGCAUAAAGAAUCUGCAACUUCAACGAACAGAGGUAACUUUCUUCAGCUAUUAGAUUUUCAUGCUCUUGAUAGAGAAGAUGUGCAAAGAGUGGUUGGGAAGAAUGCUCCAAAAAACCUUCAGCUUACCUCUCCAAUGAUUCAAAGAGAUCUUGUUCAUGCCAUGGCUUGUGAAACUACUAAGAGAAUUAUUGCAGAUAUUGGUAAUGAUUUUUUCUGUAUAUUGGUUGAUGAGACACGUGAUAUAUCAAUGAAAGAACAAAUGGCUAUUGUUCUAAGGUAUGUGAAUUCUGAUGGUGUUGUUAUGGAAAGAUUUUUGUGUACUUCUCAUGUGCCAAACACUAAAGCUUUGACAUUGAAGAAGGAAAUUGAAGCAAUGCUUUUGAAACAUGGAUUGAGUAUGUCUAUGAUUAGGGGACAAGGCUAUGAUGGAGCUAGCAACAUGAAGGUCAAGGCGCAAUGCUCCACAGAUCACAAACCUACAUCAUUAUCAGGUGGAAUUGUUUUACUCGGUUCUUGA